AUGGUAAAAGUUGAAUUGAGUUUUGGAGGCUCAUUCAAUUUUGUUUUGGUUUUGAUGUUUUAUGUUUUCGUUAUCCCAACAAGGUGUCAAGAUGAAGUGGUAAUGAAUAUUUUGAAGAACAGCAUAAGUGCUCCAAUUGUACUCCAAUGGACAGAUCCUAAUGUAUGUAAAUGGAAGAACAUCAAUUGCGACUCAAGAAAUCGUGUCACUGAUAUUAAAUUAGCGAACCAAACCCUUCAAGGCAUUCUCCCAAAAGAACUUGUGAAGCUGACAGCUUUGCAACGUUUCGAGUGUCAAAGCAAUGGCCUCACAGGUCCAUUCCCUUACCUCUCGAAAUCCUUACAAAGGCUUAUAAUCCACGACAACCAAUUCACCUCUAUUCCUAGCAAUUUCUUCACGGGAAUGAGAAAUUUGCAAGAAGUCAAUAUUGAUGACAACCCAUUGUCUCUGUGGCAAAUUCCUAAUUCUCUAAGAGACUGUGUUGCACUCCGAUAUUUUAGUGCUCAUAAUGCUGGCAUUAAUGGGACUAUUCCUGAUAUUUUUGGCAGAGAUGGUCCCCUUUCCGGGUUGGUUUUUUUGGAAUUAUCUAGUAAUUAUUUAGAAGGUGUAUUGCCUGCAAGUCUUUCUAGCAGUUCAAUAGAGUUUCUUUUGGUGAAUGGACAAAAUAGCAAUAAUAAGCUCACGGGUACCCUAGAUGUGUUACAAAACAUGACAUCUUUGAAAAAAAUAUGGGUUAAUGACAAUUCAUUUACCGGACCUAUACCUGAUGUGUCACGCCUUGAUCAACUGUCUGAUAUAAAUUUAAGAGAUAACCAGUUGACCGGUGUUGUUCCACCUUCUUUAGUUAAUCUUCCAAACUUGGGACUUGUGAAAUUAACAAACAAUUAUCUUCAAGGUUCACCUCCCAAAUUUAGAAAUGGAGUUGAAGUUGAUAAUAAUAUGGUCGGGAGUAGAAAUCAGUUUUGCACAAAUGUUCCAGGGCAACCAUGUAGUCCUCUUGUGAAUGUUUUGCUAUUAGUUAUUGAACCUUUGGGUUAUCCUCUUGAGUUCGCUGAAAAUUGGCAAGGUAAUGAUCCUUGUGCUAAUAAAUGGGUUGGUAUAGUUUGUGCUGAUGGAAAUAUUUCAGUUAUUAACUUUCAAAACAUGAGAUUAACUGGUCAUAUUUCUCCAAAUUUUGCCAGUCUUUCAUCUUUAACAAAAUUACUCUUUGCAAACAAUAGUCUCACAGGUACCAUACCAAACCAACUUACUAGUAUGCCUCUUCUACAAGAAUUUGAUGUUUCCAAUAAUCACUUGUAUGGUCGUGUGCCAUCAUUUUCUGAAGGUGUUGUUCUUAAAUUAGGUGGAAAUCCCGACAUUGGAAAGGAUAAACCCAGUACUAGUGAUAACCUUGGGUUGGGAGGUAGUGGUAACAAAAGUAAUGGUGUCAGUGUCAUUGUCGGAAUUAUUUUGGGAAUUGUCAUUUUACUUUGUAUUGGGGCACUAUUAAUUAUUAAGUUUGGAAAAAGGUUUAGGAUUCAUACGAGGAUGGGUAAACAUCCUGAUGCUAUAAAGGUACAUCAUAAAUAUCAAUGGGAUGAGAAUGAUGUGAAGGUAAGUGUUGUUAGCAAUGGUGAAGUAAGUGGUGUAUUGAGUACCACUGGUAAUGUUUAUGAAGCUAGUAACAUGGUGAUUUCAAUUCAAGUUUUGAGACAAGUUACAUAUAAUUUUUGUGAGGAAAAAAUAGUCGGGAAGGGUGGUUUUGGCACUGUUUACAAAGGGGAAUUGCACGAUGGGACACAAAUUGCGGUGAAAAGGAUGCAAUCAGGAAUGGGGGAUGAGAAAGGACCGAAUGAAUUCACGUCGGAGAUUGCAGUUCUUACAAAAGUUCGACACAAACAUUUGGUUUCACUAUUAGGGUAUUGCUUAGAUGGAGAUGAAAGACUUUUGGUUUACGAGUACAUGCCUCAAGGUGCUUUGAGCAGACAUUUGUUCAAUUGGAAAGAGGAAGGGAUAAAACCACUAGAAUGGAAGACAAGGCUUAGUAUUGCCUUAGAUGUUGCUAGGGCUGUAGAAUAUCUUCAUGGGUUUACCCAACAAAUUUUUAUCCACAGGGAUCUCAAACCAUCCAACAUUUUGCUUGGAGAUGAUAUGCGGGCUAAAGUAUCUGACUUUGGAUUGGUGCGGCUUGCUCCCGAAGGAAAACUUUCAUUUCAAACUAGACUUGCUGGAACUUUUGGAUAUAUGGCACCGGAGUAUGCUGUCACCGGAAGACUAACAACAAAGGCCGAUGUGUAUAGUUUUGGUGUGAUUCUGAUGGAGAUAAUAACAGGAAGGAAAGCUCUCGAUGAUACCCAACCAGAAGAGAAUAUCCACCUUGUUACAUGGUUCCGUAGGAUGUUAUUGAAUAAGAGUUCGUUCCAAACAAUCAUUGACCAAACAAUUGAGGUUGAUGAAGAAACCUAUGCAAGCAUCAAUACAGUUGCUGAGUUGGCAGGACAUUGUAGUGCAAGGGAGCCUCAUCAACGUCCCGACAUGAGUCAUGCAGUGAAUGUAUUAUCAUCUCUUGUUGAAGUGUGGAAGCCCUCAGAACAAGAUGUUGAUGACAUAUAUGGAAUCAACUUUGAUAUGACAUUACCAGAAGCUCUCCAAAGGUGGCAAGCUUUCGAAGGAAGAAGCACUCUUGAUUUAACUCUUUCCCCCUCACCAAUGCAAACUACUGGAGACAACUCACAUACUUCUGAAUCCCCCAAGGUGCCUUCAGAUGCACGAAAGUGAAGUUAGAUAUUAGAAAUU